AGCGGGAAGGAUGGUGGGGCAGAGAAUUCGGAAGCCCAGCAGCCUCAGCAGCAGCCACAGCAGCAGCAGCCGCCACAGGAGCAGCAGCAGACAACUUCAAAUAAGCGCUCCAGUAACAGCGCUCCCCCACCAACCCCGCUGAAUAAGAUUAAGUACUCGGGAGGACCCCAGAUUGUGAAGAAGGAGCAGCUUUUCAUCCAGAAGCUGCGGCAGUGCUGCGUGCUUUUCGACUUCAUCUCUGACCCCCUCAGUGACCUGAAGUUCAAGGAGGUGAAGCGAGCAGGUCUCAAUGAGAUGGUGGAAUACAUUACACACAACCGUGAUGUUGUCACUGAGGCCAUCUAUCCUGAAGCUGUUAUCAUGUUUUCAGUGAACCUCUUCAGGACACUUCCGCCAUCAUCCAAUCCCACAGGCGCAGAGUUUGACCCUGAGGAAGAUGAGCCUACAUUAGAGGCUGCCUGGCCACACCUUCAGCUGGUGUAUGAGUUCUUCCUCCGGUUCUUGGAAUCUCCUGACUUUCAACCAAAUGUAGCCAAGAAAUAUAUUGACCAGAAGUUUGUACUAUCUCUGCUAGAUCUCUUUGACAGUGAAGACCCGAGAGAACGAGACUUCCUAAAGACUAUUCUGCACAGGAUCUAUGGGAAGUUCCUGGGUCUGCGAGCAUAUGUGAGGCGGCAGAUCAACAACAUAUUUUACAGGUUCAUCUAUGAAACAGAGCACCACAAUGGGAUUGCAGAGCUACUGGAGAUCCUAGGAAGCAUCAUCAAUGGGUUUGCUUUGCCUCUGAAGGAAGAGCACAAGAUGUUCCUCAUCAGAGUCUUGUUACCAUUGCACAAGGUGAAGUCUCUCAGUGUGUACCACCCGCAGUUGGCGUACUGUGUUGUACAGUUCUUGGAGAAAGACAGCAGCUUGACGGAGCCAGUGAUUGUGGGCUUGCUGAAGUUCUGGCCGAAAACUCACAGUCCCAAGGAGGUGAUGUUCUUAAAUGAGCUGGAGGAGAUCCUGGAUGUGAUUGAGCCAUCUGAAUUUGUGAAAGUUAUGGAGCCCUUGUUCAGGCAGUUGGCCAAGUGUGUCUCCAGCCCACACUUUCAGGUGGCAGAGCGAGCACUGUACUAUUGGAACAACGAAUAUAUCAUGAGCCUGAUCAGCGAUAACGCAGCCAAAAUUCUCCCGAUCAUGUUUCCAGCGCUCUACAAGAACUCCAAGAGUCACUGGAACAAGACAAUCCAUGGAUUGAUCUACAAUGCACUGAAGUUGUUCAUGGAGAUGAACCAAAAGCUUUUUGAUGACUGCACGCAGCAAUACAAGGCGGAGAAGCAGAAAGGCAGAUUCAGGAUGAAGGAACGAGAAGAAAUGUGGCAGAAAAUAGAGGAGCUGGCCCGGCUGAACCCCCAGUACCCCAUGUAUUACGCACCGCCAUCGCUGACUCCUAUCUGCUGUAUGGAAACGGAGACCCCAACUGCGGAGGAUAUACAGCUGCUGAAGAAAACGGUGGAGACAGAGGCUGUGCAGAUGCUGAAAGACAUUAAGAAGGAGAAAGUUUUGCUGCGCCGGAAAUCUGAGCUUCCUCAGGACGUCUACACUAUAAAAGCCCUGGAGGCCCACAAGAGAGCGGAAGAGUUUCUCACCUCAAGCCAAGAGGCUCUCUGACGGGCUCAGGAGCUGGCCCGGGAAGCUCUGCCGCAUCCCUUUCCCCCAGGGGUCACGGAAAUGCACUUGGUUCUCAUGUAUAAAUAGGGAAUGAACAUGGUGAGCUGUGCCUGUCCUCCACUCCAUCCUCAUCCCUCCAGGCUAGAUCUGGUUUUAUGUUAUAACUUGUAUCUCACUACUGUCAUGUCCUGCUUUUCCUCCU